UAUUUUAUACGUAUAAAAGAAUUGUAUACAUAGUCUUUAAAAAUAUAUUUCCUUGUAGCACUUUUAAUACGUAUUUUUGAAUGUCUGCAUUAUUUUGGCUCAUUAUUUUUAUUAACAAAUUAUUAUUAAUAUUGUAAGAUGUAACACUGUGACAAAUAAAUAGCAUGUAUACAAAUAAAUUAUAAGGAACUUUGCGCAAAAUAAUGCAUUUUAUAUUUCAAAAAAAGUUUCAUAUUAAUAGUAUUCACUUUUUUUUUCUUAAUUAAAAUACAUUUUAACAGAAUAAUUACUUAAAAAUUUUAGUAUUAACCCAAGAUUCAUAAUUUUAUAACAAAAUAAUGUACUCAGAUUCAGAAUAUUGUAAAAGAAAGAAGUUUAAUUCUUGUAAAAAAUGUAUUAAUAAUGAUCAUUCGCCCAAAUCACGUAAGAAUGAGUGCAAAAUUAUACGGUUAUUCUUUAGAAACACAUAAAUAUUAUAUAAACUAUAACAUUUAAAAAUUUAUUAGGAGGUCAUAUCUCAGUAACCCCGCAAAUGAUUCGUUUAGCAGUUAAAAAGCUACAACUACGCAAAGUUUAUGUUAACUCAACUCUUAUCAGUCAAUAUCUACGUCAUCGUUACCCGAUUGAUAGUAAUUUGAAAACAUUCACUGAAGAAUUGAAAAAGAAAUUGGAUUGCGCUGUUCAUGUUGGAUUAAUAAUAAAACACGGAGAAGAUGGUUAUUGCCUGCCUACUCUGAGGGAAGAAGCAAAUAUACUUAAAACAACGUUUACUGCAUUUUGGGAAAUGUAUCAAAAUUAUCCUAGAGCAAGUGCUUCACAAAGCAAAAUUCAAAAGCCGAAACGCUUUAUUUCCAAGAGGAAAUAGGAAUAGUAUAAUAAAAUAAAA